AUGGAAACCUCAGCUCUUUCUCCAAAACCAGCAGAAGACUACAGCUCCUCGAUUGACACUUCUCGUCCAUUUCGAUCAGUCAGAGAAGCUGUUGCCAUCUUCGGCGAGAGAAUUCUAGUAGGAGAAAUAUACUCUCCAAAGCCUUUUUAUACUCCUCCUAGAGAAGAAACUAACUCGUGGAGGUUCUCAUCACCAAGCCCUAAAGAAGAUCAUCAUGAACAAAAUGGGGUCUUCGGUACUCUAAAGAAACUCGAGGCUGAGCUUGAGGAAACCAAGGCAGAACUGAAGUUGUUAAAGGAGAGAGAGUACGAAACAGAAAUUGCAGUGGCUUCGUUGAAUGCCGAGCUUCACAAGAAUAGGUCCAAGUUGGCUGAGGCAGAGGCAGCUGCAGCCAAAAAGGCGGCAGAGACGCCGAGAUCGGUGAGUUUUGCUAGGGAAAAGAAGGAAGAAGUACUUAAAGAGGAAGAAAGGAGGAGAGAGUUGAUGAUAAGAAUGGAGAGUUCUCCAACCUUGUCUCAAAUAUUAAGUCUUGGGGAGGAGAAAGGGUACUUCCGAGGAAAGAACGAGCGGAAGGCAAAGAAAAAGAAGCCUAUUAUUCCUCUCGUGGCCGAUUUGUUUUUCAAGAAAAAAGGGUCAUCAAAUGCUCUUAACAACCCUCUAUAUGCGUCUCCCGAAAUAUUCCAAUCUCAAGAGAGAAUAGAUGAAGAAGAAGGAGAGAUGCAAUCGGUGGUCCUGAACCCAACUUACUGCAGGGACCAACAAACCCUAGACACCUCUUGCAGCUAUCCUUCUCCUCCUAUCCUUCAUAAGAGUUCAAGCUUUUUUGGUACCCGUGUGAGGAGCACCAAUCACCGGCCCCAAGGCAUCCCUUGCCGUGCCUUACGAAUUCGAUUGCCUUCUUUUACAUGGAGGCGGCUAGCUGUAAAGGCUGUUGCUACUCCAGAUUCAGCAAUAGAAUUGCCAUUAACUGUGGACAAUGUUGAGAGUGUAUUGGAUGAGGUUAGACCCUAUCUGAUUUCAGAUGGUGGUAACGUGGCAUUACAGGAGAUCGAUGGCAAUGUUGUACGCUUGAAACUACAAGGAGCAUGCAGUUCUUGUUCUGCUUCUGUUAUGACAAUGAAGAUGGGUAUUGAGCGUCGCUUAAUGGAAAGGAUUCCUGAGAUAGUUGCAGUAGAAGCAAUAGCAGAUGAAGAAACCGGACUUGAGCUGAAUGAUGAAAACGUAGAGAAGGGUUUUCAAAAUCUCUGGAUAAUCUCGAGUGUUCUAUACCUUAUAAGAGCUGCUUUUAACAAAGGUUUGAGGGUGUUGGGAAUUCAAAAUGAGGAGGUACUGGAGGAAAUUAGGCCAUACCUUGUUGGGGCAGCUGGAGGAUCUCUUGAACUAGUGGCCAUUGAGGAUCCGAUAGUUAAAAUCCGAAUAACAGGGCCAGCAGCUGGGGUCAUGACCGUACGAGUGGCUGUCACCCAGAAAUUACGAGAGAAAAUUCCAGCCAUUGCUGCAGUUCAACUCUUAUAA